UGGGUGCAGUUCCAGUGUUCGCCGCUGGGUGGCAGCAGUGAGCGGCGCUCGUCCGUCGGUGAGUCGAAGGAAAAGGAAGCGAAGAAGAGAACUUAGUUUCAGCAGGUUGCUGUUUGGACGAAGAUGCUGCUUCUGAUCUGAGAUGACAGCAGAUGUUGUUUUCCUUCUUUGUGUGGCGGCCUCAUAGAGCUCCUGGUCCGUGUCUCGUCCUGUUGUCAGGCUGUCUGGUGUCGUCCAGGCGCUGACUGACUGACCGAUGCCUUCAUCAUGAUGAGGAGCUGCAGCGCUCUGGUGCUCGCCCUGCUCGCCCUGCUGCUGUCCCAGGCCAGAGGCUUCCUGGGCCCCUCCGAGGACGACGGCCUCCCCGAAGAGUGGGUGCUGCUUCACGUGGUCCAGGGCCACAUCGGGGCCGGGAACUACAGCUACCUGCGCCUCAACCACGACGGCAGAAUCGUGCUGCACAUGCAGAGCCUCAAGGGGGACGCGGACCUCUACGUGUCGGAUAAGACCCUGCGUCCGAGCUACGACACCUACAAGCUGCAGUCGGUCACCUGCGGCCCCGAUGUGGUGGUGGUGCCGGGGGACUUUGCGAGGCCCGUGGGCAUCGGCAUUUACGGCCACCCGUCUUACAAGGAGAGCGAGUUUGAAAUGAGGGUGUUUUACGAUCAGACGGUCCUCCAGGACCCGUUCGAAAAGUACACUUCAGAAGACGGACAGAAGAAGAAGAAAUCCCCUGAGGCGGCGGAGGAGGACUUUCAGGAGGAGGAGUCGAUCUUUUGGACAAUUCUAAUCGGACUUUUGAAGAUUGUACUAGAGAUUUUGUUUUGAAAAUUGGUUUCCUGCAUUGCUGCUCUGACACAAGGAGGAGAUUCUGCUUUAUUAUUUUUUUUUGCUCAGUCAGCAUUGAUACGAUGAAAAAGAUUAUUUUCUUUCCUUCUGUAUGGAUGAGGAAAAAGUGGCACCAAACUGGCAUUUUUAACAAAUCCUUUCCUUGUGAUCAAACAUGCAUAACAGAUGAAUAACAGUAGAAAUCAUUUGAUGGAUUACUGCGCUGGAUUCACCAGCGAAGCCUGAACGUAUGUUUGGUGAUGAGCACAUUAACAUAAACCUGCCGGAAGCAGCAGAUUUAGCUUCGGUGUCCUCUCACACAGCCAGACAGAAUGAAGCGUAUGAAGCUGAAACACAUUCACAUGUUAAAUCACAGCGGGAAUAUUUCUGGAGUUUGAUCUUUUAAUACAAAACUCCCAUUCAGUACGUAAGAGUUAAUGGAUUCUUUUAUCCUUCAUACUGGUCGUGAACGGACCCCAAACUGACAAAAUCUGCUAUCUUUGUGUUUCAAUCAGACAUGAAUCAUUUGCAAAUCUUUUUUUUUUUUUUUUUCAUUGUGUAAACAAGCAUUUCAGUUUGCACAGAUCUGAUCGUCUUCUGGUCCAAAGACGUCGACUAGCUAGACACUGAGAUGGGGGAAAAAAAAUCUAAUGCAGUCUUUUCUGUUUUUUAGUGUUUCAUGCUGAGGUUUGGCAGAGGUGCAUCCUGGGAGUUGCUCGUCAGUUUGUUUGCAAAGGACAGCAGGUUUAAACCACAGACUGCAUAUAAGAAGUGGACGUAGUCACCGUGAUUUCACCACAUUUGAUUUAUGGAAGGGGUCGCAUCUCUUCGUCCAUGUGGGCUUUGUAUUCAGACUUGAAAUCCAAACCAACCCUUCUGAUGGCUUCAUCACAAACCUUCUCGAUCAAAGUUCCAUUCAAACUCUCAGCUCUCGGCCUGUGAACGUAUGAAACCGCUUGUCUUAACUCUGCAUAUCAACACCUCACAGGAUGUGUGUUUAGAUACAAGAACCAGAAACAACUUAGCAAUACUGUCAUUGUCAGACGUUUUUUUUAGAUGAACAUGAGGUUUCCUACAGGACAGGUUUAUUUUUUCAUGGGAUAAAUAAAGUUUUCUCUUAAUAUUUGACAUUUAGGAAGGUAAUAACGGUAAAAGAAAACUGAUUAUAAUUUGUCAGUGAGAUGCUUCUGAACAUGCUCACAUGAUUCUCAAUGAUUCGCUGUUUCCUUUUAAUUUAGACUCCAAAUGUGACCGUGUGGGUUGACUGAGACAAAUCGCUGACCAGCCUGUUUAACAUUAGUAGCAACAUUUCAUUUGGUUUUUGAUCGCUCACUGUUUUUCUAUUUUUGCCUGUUGGACAAGUUCCCUGAUUUAAAAACAAAAAAGAAACCAUCACCUCCUGCUGUUUUGGAGUUCAGUUAUGAGUAAACUUGCUACCGCUGAGCAGAGAUGUUCAACAGUGCCUUCAAGAGAUCGGUCUCCGUUUUCCCGUCUCAUCAGACGAUGCAAUCAGGUUUCUAAAUAAAGCAGUUGUUUUUUCGCAGACUGUUAAAAAAAAAUGUUUGUCUCGUU